UGAUGCGCGGAAUCUAGAGGCCUUUAAUAAAAGCUCUCUAGCGGAAUCCAGUGAUACUGCUGUAGUCAGUCUCAGUUUUCGUUUGCUCGUGGUUAGUAGGUUUUGGUUCUUUGAUUCUUUCUACAUCUUGGCACGAUGGGUAUUUCUCGGGAUCAUUGGCAUAAGCGGAGGCCUACUGGUGGUAAGAGGAAGCCCAUUCGUAAGAAGAGGAAGUUCGAAUUGGGACGUCCUGCUGCUAAUACCAAACUUGGACCACAACGGAUUCAUACUGUCCGUACACGAGGUGGUAAUAAGAAGUAUAGAGCGCUUAGAUUGGAUACAGGAAACUUUUCCUGGGGUUCUGAGUGCUCUACCAGGAAAACUCGCAUCAUCGAUGUCGUUUACAAUGCAUCCAAUAACGAGUUGGUACGAACCAAAACUUUGGUAAAGAAUGCGAUUGUUACCAUUGAUGCUACGCCGUUCAGGCAAUGGUACGAGGGUCAUUACGUGCUUCCUCUGGGUCGAAAAAGGGGUGCCAAGUUGACGGAGGCUGAAGAGGAAGUAUUGAAUAAGAAACGUUCGAAAAAGACAGAAGCUAAAUACAAGGCUAGGCAGCGAUUCGCGAAGGUUGAACCUGCUUUGGAAGAACAGUUUGCAACUGGACGUGUCCUUGCUUGCAUAGCGAGCAGGCCUGGUCAGUGUGGCAGAUCCGAUGGGUAUAUACUUGAGGGCAAAGAACUCGAGUUUUACAUGAGGAAGAUCAAGAGCAAGAAAGCUAAAUAAGUGUACAAUUAAUGAAAACAAGAAAUGAAUAAAAGAAAUCUUUAAAUACAGAAAAA